AUGAAAACCCAGCUACAAAGGUGGACCCGCCGGAUCCGCAGAGGCCUCUCUAAGCGGUAUGACCUUAACCACUUGAAAAAGCUAGCCUUUGGCAUCGCCCUAGCUACAUGUCUUCUGCUGGGGCUGAUUAUGUUGUUUUCGCUUUAUGCGCUGUCGCUUCACAACACGGUGGGCUUGAGUUAUACCGAGAUCAACAUUAUAGUGCUGCUUUCAGCUGUCGGGAUGUACUUAUGUCUUCCGGUGUUGGGGUACUUGGCUGACUGCUACGGGCCGGCGUUGCUUCUGCUUAUAUCGAUCUGGGCGUUCUGUCCGGCUUAUUUUGUGAACGCUUUGCUUGUGAACCUGGUUCGGUCGAUCCACUUCGAGGAACCGUUUGCUGAGUUGAAUAAGAUGGGUGUUUUGGUUAUGGCGUUUAGUUUCUGCUUUAUUGGCCUCGCUACGUCGUCAUUGUACUUUUCGAGUUUGCUUACAUGUGCUAAAAUUUAUCCAGAUCACAAAUCGUUAGCUAUUUCGUUGCCGGUGUCGUGUUACGGUGUGUCGUCGCUUAUUGGCGCUCAGCUUAUGAAGGUACCUUACUUCCAUGUCCAUGGAGGGAAGGAGCUUGAUUUGGAAAGAGUAUUCAUGUUUUUCGCUGUUUUAUAUUUGUUCAUGGGAGCCCUUAAUUUUGUUUCCAACUCGAUCGUUAGUAUCGAAACAGAUAUCAUUUUCGGAGACGAGGAACCGGUGAUCCCAGAGUCUGAAGUUGGUACUCCCGCUGACAGCAUUCUCGAAAACGGUGAAGCCAAUGAAGAAACUGAACUCUUGCCUCAGAGAUCUAAUAUCGAACCUGUGGACCAUAAGGCAAGGUACAUUCGUUUCCUUAAGGAUAAAUCUGCAUGGGCUUUGCUUAUCUCUCUUUUGCUUAACAUUGGCCCCAUGGAGAGCUUCCAGAACAAUUUGGGCUCCAUCAUCGAGUCCACUACCGGUGGUGAAGGUGUUUUGGCUGACCAAGUGUCUGUCAUUGCUCUUCUGUCCACUGUCAUUCGUCUUAUUGUGGGUGUCGUGGCUGACUACAUAUCCAGCAGCAAGAGACGUUUCCCAAUCUGUAAGGUUUGGUUAAUGAUUGGUUUCAUUGUCAUUGGUAUAGUGGCACAGAUAGCUGUGAUUUACGGGUUCAGCUUUACUACUAUAUCCGUACUCAGCGGUAUCUGUUAUGGUGGUCUUUUCACCAUCUACCCUACAAUCAUUGCCUCUGUCUGGGGCGUGGACCUUAUGGGCUCUACAUGGGGCUCCUUCAUGGUAGCACCAGCUAUCGGUAGUAUUCUGUACUCCCUUUUGCACGGUGAACAGAUGGAUGCAUGCAAGAAUAGAGGUAACUACGAGAAGGGUAGCGAUGGCUGCUUGGAGCACUACUUUAUUACAACCGCUGUGAGUUUAUUCGUGAGUUUGGUGUUCGUGGUGGUUGCAUGGCGUGCUUUUUGGUGGAAGCGUGGCCUUAAGGUCUUCUAG